CAUGUUAGAGAGGUAGAGGUCUCGGUCGGUAUGGGUCAUCCGGUAUCAACUUAAUAUAUUCCCCACUUAUAUCUGUUAUUCGAUAUUUUCAUUCAAUUAAAAAUCAUGGUCACAACAAGUUUGUUUUCUGUUCUGGUGUGCUGUUUUGGACUAUCACUGUUCGUUAAUGGACAGAACUACGAAGGGUGCUCGACGCCGAGGGGACGACCAGGAAACUGCGUCGUGAUCACCGACUGCACACCCCUCUAUUCCAUACUGCAGAAACGGCCCAUCGCUUCCGGCGACGCCGACUAUCUCAGGAGAUCGCAGUGCGGCUUCAACGGCCACCUGCCCAAAGUUUGUUGUCCUCUGGAACGGGAACCCUCCACUACUCCAAGGCCCGCUCAGACCACGUCCUCCGGUCAAAACGAGAAUGUAAUCAAUUCACCAUUGUUACCUACAAAAACUCAAUGUGGAGUGGACACUCAGAACAGAAUUUUCGGAGGGGAGAGCGCCGACUUGGACGAGUUUCCCUGGAUGGUGCUCGUCGAAUACGAAAGACCAUCGAAAGUCCGAGGGUUCUACUGCGGUGGCGUCCUCAUCAACGAAAAAUACGUUCUCACUGCUGCUCACUGCGUCAUUGGGAAAGAUUUACCAAAAGACUGGAAACUAAUUAGCGUACGGUUAGGAGAAUACAACACAGACACCGACAUAGAUUGUAUAGAUUACAAAGUGGGCAACUACAGAGAUUGCGCUCCGGAGCCGCAAAAUAUUGCGGUGGAAGAAAGGAUACCUCAUGAGGCCUAUGACCCAUACGACGUUAAUCAAGAGAACGACAUUGCCCUACUGAGGUUGGUCAAGCCGGCUGUUUACUCUGAAUAUGUGAGGCCGAUUUGCCUUCCGACGACUGCUGCCGAAUUAUCUAAGGAUUACACAUCGAAAAAUGUCUAUGUUGCUGGUUGGGGCAAGACUGAAAAUCGUUCCGAAAGCAACAUAAAGCUUAAAUUAAUGGUUCCUGUACGAAGUCCGCAAGAUUGCACGUCCACUUAUCGCAAAGCCAACGUGAACCUGUCACCCCAAAAUCAAAUAUGCGCUGGAGGCAUCAAGGGAAAGGACUCGUGUAGAGGUGACAGUGGUGGACCGUUGAUGAGUUUAGAGGCCAAUGAAGGAAGCAUCAAUUGGUUCUCCAUUGGCGUGGUAUCGUUCGGUCCCACACCGUGUGGUAUGGAGAAUUGGCCGGGAGUCUAUACGAAUGUUGCCAACUAUGUACGCUGGAUAGUUGGAAAGUUGCGCCCUUAACUCCACGAUUCACACAAGAAGCGGCAAUAUAUUACAUAAGAUCUAUAAUUGACUGUGCUACACGUGCUACAGGGUACACUGUUGUUGCACUUCUCUUCUUUAACUUGCUGUUUAAUUUUUAACUUGUGAUAAGAUACUUAAUCAAUAAAUUUUAUUCCUAACA